UGAGAGGUCGGUGAAUGAGGGUUUUUGGGAAAUGUAACCGGUAAUCUCAAUGGUGGGCAAAGUAUGGGGCUAGUCAGGGUUGAAUGGGACUUAUUAAACGUUGACUUUUACACAUUUUCCAGCACUGUGAUCUUCGCUAAGGGUUCAUAGCACCCCUCAGGGCCCUCCUUAGGCGCUCCCCAUCUCUCCCUCUGCCUCUCUCCCCUUGCCCAAGCCCCAAGGUAGGGGCCUUGUGUGAAUGCUCCAGCUGAAGUGAAUCUGCACCUGAAAGCUUCCUUCCGGCUCCUGGGCAAGACGGCCCAGUGAGCUCAGCCUUCACGCAUUUCUGCCUUUUCCCGAGAAGAGCAGGAAAUGGGCAAACUCCAGGGACUUGUGACAUUUGAGGAUGUGGCUGUGGAUUUCACCCAGGAGGAGUGGCAGUACCUGAACCCUCCACAGAGGAACCUGUACAGAGAUGUGAUGCUGGAGACCUAUAGCAACCUGGUCUCUGUGGGGCAGCCGGCUACCAAACCAGACCUCAUUCUCAAAUUGGAGGUAGAAGAGCUGUGCCUGGCAGAAGGAAAAAUCCCAAUUUGGAGCUUUCCAGAAGACUGCCAAGUUGAUGAACAGAUUGAGAGACAGCACCAUUAUGAAAGAAAUAAAUGUUUGUUGAUGCAAGUUGGAUUCCCUGACAAGAAAACAGUCACCACCAAGAGUGGCCAUGACCAUAAUGAAUUUGGAAACACACUUCAUCUGAGUACAAACCUUGUUGCUUUGAUGCAAAAACCCCAUAAACACGUGUCAUUUGGAAAUAAUAUGGUAGAUAAUUUAGACUUAUUUAGUAGAAGCUCUGUGGAAAAGAAACAUGAUAAUACAAAAUUAUUAUUCCAUAGUGAGUAUGAGAAAACAACUCCUGGAGUGAAAACCUAUGGAUAUAAAGAGUGUGGGAAGGCCCUUAGGCGAAAGAAAGGACUUAGUCUGCAUCAGAGAAUUAAAAAUGGGGAGAAACCAUUUGAAUGUACUGCAUGUAGGAAAACCUUCAGCAAGAAAUCACACCUCAUUGUACACUGGAGAACUCAUACAGGAGAGAAACCCUUUGAAUGUACUGAAUGUGGAAAAGCCUUUAGCCAAAAAUCUCAGCAUAUACACCUGAGAACUCAUACAGGAGAGCGACCCUUUGAGUGUCCAGAAUGUGGGAAAGCCUUCAGAGAAAAGUCAAUCAUCAUACAUUACAGGACUCAUACAGGAGAGAAACCUUAUGAAUGUAAUGAAUGUGGAAAAGCUUUCACUCAGAAGUCAAUAAUCGUCCAUCAGAAAACCCCACACAGGAGAGAAACUUAUGAAUGCACUAAUGUGGGGAAUCUUUCAUACAGAAGCUUGAUUUUAAUUAUACAUCAUAGUACUCAUACAGGAAAGACCCAUGCAUGUAAUGAAUGUAAGAAAACUUUCAGUGAUAAGUCACAUCUCAUUAUACAUCAAAGAACUCACACGGGGGAGAAGAAACCUCAUAAAUGUACUGAAUGUGGGAAGUUCAAUGAGAAGUCAACCCUCAUUGUGCAUCAGAGAACUCAUACAGGAGAGAAACCCUAUGAAUGUGAUGUGUGUGGGAAAACUUUCACCCAAAAGUCAAACCUGUGUACUCAGAGAACUCAUUCAGGAGAGAAGCCCUUUGAUGUAAUGAAUGUGAGGAAAGCAUUCUCGCAGAAGUCCUAUCUCAUGCUACACCAGAGAGGUCAUACAGGAGAGAAGCCCUAUGAAUGCAAUGAAUGUGAAAAAGCAUUUCCCAAGAAAUCAUAUCUUAUUAUACAUCAAAGAACUCAUACAGAAGAAAAACCCUAUAAAUAUGAAUGUGGCAAAGCCUUCAGAGAAAAGUCAAAGCUCAUUAUACAUCAGAGAAUUCACACAGGAGAGAAACCAUAUGAAUGUCCUGCAUGUUGGAAGCUUUUUAGCCAGAAGUCACAGCCAUAACUACAUCAGCGGGACACACAAGGAGAGAAACCCUAUGCAUGCACUGAGUGUGGCAAAGCCUUUAGAGAAAAAUCAAUUCACGUACACCAGAGAACUCAUACGGAUGGAGAAAAACCCUAUAAGUGUACAGAAUGUGGGAAAGCCUUUACAAAAUCAAACCUUUAUGUACAUCAGAGAACACAUACAGGAAAGAAGGCCCAUGGGAAAGGCCACACCCGGAAGUCAAAGCUCAUUGCACGUUAGAGAGUAAAUCAAUAGUGUUUAUGUUCCCUGAAGGAAAUUGUUGUUUAUUAACAUUUUAAAAGUAUGUGCUGACUUCUGGUUUGAAUAUGAGGCAAUAAAGUCAGCCUUUUUUUCUUGUCAUCUCGUCUUCACCCAAAAGGUACAUGAGAAAAAGCAGAAGUAUAAUUUCUAUAUCUGACAAAUUAGGAGGUAGCUGCAACCUGAUGAGACGGCUGCCACAGGCAGAGGAAAAUCAAGCAGCCAUUGUGGGAGCUCUCUGACG